ACAAAAAUUUUAAAUUUUUGGUAUUAGGGUUCCAUUAUAACCCCUCUCUCUCUCUCUCUCAUUCUUCUUCUUCUUCCACUACACGAAGCGAUUCCUGGGCAAUGAACUUCGACGACAACUCCUGGGCAAAGAGCUUCGAGUUUCGAUGGAGGCUCUUGGGCGGCGACUCCUAGGGAACGAUCUCUGAGCUUCGACAGUCACUCCUGGGCGCGAAGAGCUUCGAGUCUGGGCUGGGCCUUGGGAGUGGGAGUCGAGCCACAGCGAUGGGGUAUGUGGCUUCUGCAAGGUCGGAGGAGAGCUGGAGAUGGACGUCCGACGAGAUGGAGAGAACGUCACCAAAGAGGUGGAGAGAGCCACUGAAUGGGCGAACACUCUCUCUCUCUGAUGAGGACAUCAAGAUUAACGAUCCAAUUCAAGUUCCAGUUGGUCCGGUGACGAGGGCGCGAGCUAGGAGAUUCAAAGAAGAGUUUAACAACUUAGUCUGGAGAAUUCUACAACAGGAAGGGUCGAGUUCAUUAUUGAGGGUGAACAAAGGCUUGUGCUGCUCAUCGAAGUUGACUCAGUUUAGGAGCUUGAUUAAGAUUUGGCUUCUUUGUAACCUUACUUUAAUUAUUUGUUUUAGUUUGAACUAUAUUUUCAUGUUUUAUUAGAGUCUUUGUUGGAGUCAAAGACAUGUCUUUUUUGGGCUUUUUCAAUUAAGGGUAUUUUAGGGAUUUUAUAUGUCUAAAACCCUCUUUGUAAUUUUCGGCUAUAUUAGGGCUUGUGGACGGUUUGGAAGGCAGAUAGUUUUUGUUAAUGAAAAGUUGUGAGUUUUUCUUCUUGAGUUCUUGAAGAAACUUUCGAACUUAUCAAGGAUUUCCUUGUGGCGUUCAAAUCUGACUUAUCAAACGAAUAAUCCAUUCCAGUUUGUGGCGUCUUCACCAUACCAAGGUUCGUGCUUCGCUAAGCAUUGGGUCGCGGUUUCCAUUCCAAAUUUGAGUGUUCUUGGGUUGUUUUUUUCCAGAUUUGGUUCGGGUUUCGUCACAAUUGUUGGCGUGGUUCGUAUCAGUUGGUAUCAGAGCCAGGUUCAUAUGGUUUGGCCUAUCCUUUUCCUUGUUUUCUUUUCGUUUCUUUGUUCAAUUCGUGCAUUUGAAUUAGGGUUUUUGAAAAUCCUUCUAAUUUUUUUCUUUCUGAAAUCGUGAAUUAGGGUUCUUAUUGUGAAAUCCGAAUUUGCAUUGAGUUUCUCUUGUUUCUUUUGUGAAAUCCGAGUUGUUUUGUUUUCGAAUCGUUCUAGUUCCACCAAUUCUGAUUCUCUUGUGUCUUGUACCUGUGUUUGAGAAAUAAAAAAAAAAAAAAAAGAAAGAAGAAGAAAAAUCAAGGGGAUCCGAAAAAAGAGAGUGGAAACCUCUCUUAAUUUUUUUUUUUCUAAUCUUGUUCAUUAUGGCCUAGAGGCUCUUUUGCCAAAUCCUCACGCAAGUGUAUAAAAAAUCAUCAGUUUUUGCCAUAUAUAUAUUCGUUUGGUUUGUUUUGGUUUGAUUUGCUACUAGAAUCCUCCAUAAUAUCGUUUGAUUAGUUUUGAAAGAGCUUAAAGAAGAAUACGAGUGGAAAAAGGCAGAGGUGCAGGCUUAUUUGAGGGUAAAAACUAUUGAAAUUGUGUGAAACACGAGUGGAUUUAAGUGAAAAUAUUGUUCGAGUGAAACACGUGAGGGAGUGUGGUGAGGUCUCUUCUCCAUAUUGUUCUAACCUUAUUUUGCAGAUUUCCAUCAUGGUACAAAACCUAGAGAGAAAUGCAAGCAAUGAGAUUCCACCACCUAAGGUUCCGAAUCUACAAAUUCAAGCAUUAAUCGGGGAGAUGCGAAGGAUGAUGAGGGCGGAGUGUGAACAAAUACAUGAGAGGUUGGAUAGGGUAGAAGAGAGAGCACAACGGAGGCCACGGAGGAACAGGGUGCAACAACAGGAUGUUGAGGGUGAAGGAGAGUUUGAAGGGGAAGAUUCAAAUGAAGAGUUUGAUAGGAUGUUGCGGAUGCUCAAAAUUCAACACCGAUAAAGAACCCACAUCUCAUGCCUAAGGUCCCUAGAAGGUCCAAAGCAACCAUGUUUGAAGUCUAUUUGAACCCUCAAAUUAGUGCUCAAAAUGACCCUGCUCAAAUUGACCACUCCACCUUGGACACUAGUAAAGAGCCCAAGCGUCCCGCGCGCCCAGCGCCUCGCGCGCGCCCCGCGCACCCCGCUCGCCUCGCGACACCACCAGGAGACAAGCGUCUCGCGGCCCCCAAGAUGCCACACGCAACAGUCACGCCGUGGUCCUCGUGGUGGCCUCCUCUCACACACCAGCCUCGUCCUUAGGGGUGUCCACGUGGUGACCAUGGAGCACGAAGAGUUAGAAUACGGAGGGUACGGUGUCCACGCCAGACUGGUAGUGGUAGUACAAGAAUGGUACAUGGCCAGGACUCCCUCAGCACGCUUAUGAGGUCAGUACCCGACAAGUAGUGGGGGCAUAAUAUGGUACCAAGACAAGAGCACUUUUGCAGGCCCCUGACAUGUACUAGAGAAGACCACCACUCUUCCAACACCACUACCACCUGUACUGCUAUCCUGACAGUGUAUUCAUGUACUAUUCUGUCCUGAGGGACCACUAUGUAUAAAGGAGCCAUUAGAGCUCCAAUAUAAAUAGAUGAUCACCCCUCUAGAAAAGAGGUUGGAAAAUUCAUUGUAUGCAGAGGCUAUUAAGCAAUAUACAUUUUUCACUCCAUUGUUGAUCUAUGUUUAUCCUUCCAUAAGUUCAUUCUAAGUUUUUAUCUAAACAUCGCAACAUUUACCUUUGAGUUUUCCGACCUAAUUUCGUUGAUGAGAUUUCACCGUCAACAGAUGUCAGAGGGUAACCAUAGGAGAUAUGGCCAAGAUAGAGAAGCUAGGAUCUGGGUAGAUAAUAAUUUGGGAAAUAUCAAGAUGAGAAUCCCCGCAUUUCAAGGGAAGAGUGAUCCCGAAGCAUGCCUUGAGUGGAAAAAAAAGAUGGAGUUGGUUUUCGAUUGUCACAACUACUCCGAAGUGAAGAAGGUAAAACUUGCUGCAAUUGAAUUUACUGAUUAUGCUAUUGUUUGGUGGGAUCAGUUGUGCAUCAACAGGAGGCGAAAUGGAGAUCGUUCUAUUGAGACUUGGGAUGAUAUGAAGAGGGUGAUGAGGCGACGUUUUGUACCAGCUCAUUACUAUCAGGAUCUAUACCUUAAGCUGCAGGGUCUUCGUCAAGGUUAUAAGAGUGUUGAUGAGUAUUACAAAGAGAUGGAGAUGGCAAUGAUUACAGCCAAUGUGGAAGCAGAUCGGGAGGCGACAAUGGCAAUGUUUUUGAAUGGAUUGAACCGAGAGAUUGCUAAUACAAUUGAGCUACACCAUUAUGUGGAAUUGGAAGAUUUGGUGCAUAUGGCAAUCAAAGUUGAGAGGCAGCUCAAGAGGGGUAGUACAAGUUCAAAUCCGAGACCAAUCCCACAAAAUCCAAGUGCAGCACCUUGGCGGUCGAACUAUCCAAAGAAAGAAGAAAACCCUUUUACUCACAAGCCUAAAACCGAGCAAAAACCAGCCACCACAACCACAGCCUCAAGGUAAAACAUCCCCUACUUCGUCCCGUUUUAGUGAGAUUAAGUGUUUCAAAUGUCAGGGAGAGGACACAUAGCUAGCCAAUGUCCAAACAAGCGAGUUAUGGUAAUUCGGGACAAUGGCGAGAUAGAUUUCGAAGAUGAAGAUGAUCUUGAUGACAUGCCACCAUUGGAGGACGCUUCUAUGGGUGGUGAGGAGUUUGGGGCAGAAUAUGGUGAGAUUCUUGCACUAGUCACACGAUGAGCCUUAAAUUUUCAAGCAAAAGAAGAGGUGCAGUGGGAGAACAUCUUUCACGCUUGUUGUCAUGUGAAAGACAAGGUAUGUAGUGUUAUUAUUGAUGGUGGUAGUUGCACUAAUGUUGCUAGUUCUUCCAUGGUUGAGAAGCUGGGGCUCACAACACAUAGACAUCCUCGUCCAUACGAACCACGCCAACAAUUGUGACGAAACCCAAACCAAAUCUGGAAAAAAACCACCCAAGAACACUCGAAUUUGGAAUGGAAACCGCGACCCAAUGCUUAGCAAAACACGAACCUUGGUAUGGUGAAGACGCCACAAAUGGGAAUGGAUUAUCCGUUUGAUAAGUCAGAUUUGAACGCCACAAGGAAAUCCUUGAUAAGUUCGAAAGUUUCUUCAAGAACUCAAGAAGAAAAACUCACAAUUUUUCAUUAACAUAAACUAUCUGCCUUCCAAACUGUCCACAAGCCCUAAUAUAGUCGAAAAUUACAAAGAGGGUUUUAGACAUAUAAAAACCCUAAAAUACCCUUAAUGAAAAAGCCCAAAAAAGACAUGUCUUUGACUCCAACAAAGACUCUAAUAAAACAUGAAAGUAUAGUUCAAACUAAAACAAAUAAUUAAAGUAAGGUUACAAAGAAGCCAAAUCUUAAUCAAGCUCCUAAACUGAAUCAACUUCGAUGAGCAGCACAAGCCUUUGUUCACCCUCAGUAGUGAACUCGACCUCUUCCUGUUGUA